GGGUGCAGACCGGCGAAGAGGGCAUGCCGCUCUCCACCAUCCGCGAGGUGGCGGUGCUGAGGCACCUGGAGACCUUCGAGCACCCCAACGUGGUCAGGUUAUUCGAUGUGUGCACGGUGUCACGAACAGACAGAGAAACUAAACUAACAUUAGUGUUUGAACAUGUUGAUCAAGACUUGACCACUUAUUUGAAUAAAGUUCCAGAGCCCGGAGUGCCCACUGAAACCAUAAAGGAUAUGAUGUUUCAGCUUCUCCGGGGUCUGGACUUUCUUCAUUCUCACCGCGUAGUGCACCGUGAUCUAAAACCACAGAACAUUCUGGUGACCAGCAGCGGACAAAUAAAACUGGCUGACUUUGGCCUUGCCCGCAUCUACAGUUUUCAGAUGGCUCUGACCUCAGUGGUCGUCACGCUGUGGUACCGGGCCCCCGAAGUCCUGCUGCAGUCCAGCUACGCCACCCCCGUGGACCUCUGGAGUGUCGGCUGCAUAUUCGCAGAAAUGUUUCGUAGAAAGCCUCUUUUUCGUGGAAGUUCAGAUGUGGAUCAACUAGGAAAAAUCUUGGACGUAAUUGGACUCCCAGGAGAAGAGGACUGGCCUAGAGAUGUGGCCCUUCCCAGGCAGGCUUUUCACUCAAAAUCUCCUCAACCUAUUGAGAAUUUUGUAAGCGACAUUGAUGAACAAGGCAAAGACCUACUUCUGAAGUGCUUGACAUUUAAUCCAGCCAAAAGAAUAUCUGCCUACGGUGCCCUGUCUCACCCAUACUUCCACGACCUGGAGAGGCGCAAGGAGAGCCUGGAUUCCCACCUGCCACCCAGCCAGAACAACUCGGAGAUGAAUAUAGCCUGAGCUCCCAGCCGCUGCCUCAAGCAGAUCUCCUGGAGAACACCUUUGGUGUCUGAUGGGUCCCCCUGCAUCAGCCCCUGCAGAGCUGCGGAAGUUCACCGGCUGAGGACCUUCUAGCUGCCGUCUUCUGGGUGGACUCUGCUUCUCCGAGGAAACGGCUUAGUUUACUAUUUGAAAUCAAUGCAAGAGUGAUUGCAGCUUUAUGUUCGUUCGUUGUGUGUUUGUCUGUCUGUCUGUGUCAGAAACAUGGAAAAAAUUCCAGAAGAAGAGAAGCUGCUGACCAAUCAUGCUGCCAUUUCAUUUUUCUAACCUUGAGUGCUGCCAGAGUAAAAUGAGCAAUCCAGGCACAGCUGAUUGUGACGGAUCUCCCUGCAGCUGCCCGGCCUGAUUUGGUACUUUUGGGUGAACAUGUUGAGUGAGUGUGUGUGUGAUUUUUGAUCUCUUAAAGUGUUACUCUCUGUAAACGACAAGAAUAAUUGAAUUCUGGGGAUUCAAAGUGACCAGUAUGUAACAGGCAUCUGUGGACCAAAGGUAGUUCACCAGGAUGGGCUCCUGAAACUAGAGAGUUGAGCCUAUGUCCUCAGAAUUUCUCUUCUGGCCACAAGUAGUAAAUUUGUUAGUAGUGACAUGUUCACUAUCUAGAUGAAGUUUUAGACACACAUAUCCAAGAGGAAAAAAAAUUCUAGUAUCUUUAAGAGACCUAUUUUUUAAAGCACACAUUUCAUUUACUCUUCCAAAAGCUGGAUUUACUCAUUCGAAGUACAUUUUAACCUGUAUAAAAUGCUUUAUUUAGUUUCUUUUUUUAAAAAUGCCCUAUAAGCUUUUUUCUUACUUGCUUUGGUUUUAGGGAAUGCACCUCAAAUAGGUCCAAAACAUAGAGAAAGCCUUUAUUUCCUGGUUUGAAAUGUAUUUCCUUUUUGGUUCUUUCGUUGUUGUUGUUGUUGUGGAUUUUAGGAAUUUGUCAGAAACUGUUUCCUCGUUUGGUUUAGAUA